AUGGAGGUGGUUCACAGUUUGACUUCGGUAUCGUGUAUCCUAGCCUUCAGAAGAUUUGUGGCACGCCGAGGAGCUCCUACAGAUGUAUUCUCGGAUCGGGGAACUAAUUUCGUCGGAGCCGACAAAAUCCUCAAGUCACAAAUUCGUCAAAUAACAGAAACAAACGCUCUGACAUUUACCAACACUCGUACAACUUGGCACUUCAAUCCACCAGCGGCGCCCCAUAUGGGAGGGGCGUGGGAACGUAUGGUACGUUCAGUGAAGGAGGACAUGAAGGUGAUUGCAGACUGCCAAAUACAUCCAAACGACGAAACACUUGAAACGUUUAUUCUUGAAGCAGAGGCCAUUGUGAACGCACGCCCUCUUACUUACGUGCCAUUGGAAAAUGCGGACCAAGAAGCAAUCACCCCGAAUCAUUUUUUACUGCGUGGUUCCGAAUGUAUCAAGUUACCCUCAACGGAUUGUCAAUUUCCAAAAACACUAAGGGAUAGCUGGAACAUCGCACAGGUGAUGACAAAUAUGUUUUGGCGUCGUUGGCUGAUUGAAUAUAUACCCAUGCUCACUAGACGAGCAAAAUGGUUUGAUGCAGUGAAGCCGUUGGAACAAGGAGACAUCGUUAUAAUCCUGGAUGAGACGUCAAGGAACUCAUGGACAAAAGGUCGGGUUGUUAAGACAUUUCCCGGAGCAGAUGGGCAGGUACGCCGAGCAUUGGUGCAGACAAACACCGGGAUUUUCGAACGACCGACAGUUCGACUCGCUGUGUUAGACGUUAAAGGCAAGAGUGGCUCCAGAGAGAAACACGUCCAUAUAGACAUGGCUGCUAGGAAGCUGGUAUCGAAUCGGAAGAUCACAGGGCAAGAACCAAUCACGCCAAAAACGAACUGUGUGUUUACACCGCACCCGCUCGCCAAUAUUGUGUAG